UGUGAUUAUCUUGUUUGUGGAUGCAUUUCCUUUCAUGUAAGUCAAUAACAUCUCAGGAUUGGGACACGCUGUUUUCUGGACACCGCUGGCCAGUUCCAAAAUGGAACAUCAAGAAGUGGUCUUUCUACUGCUUUUAUUUCUGAAGUCAGGUCACGGAGACAUCCUGGAUGACUAUGUAACAACCCAGGGGGCUUCACUGUUUACCUUCACCAGGAAGCCGCUUUCAGCAAGUAGCAUAGAAGAAUGCGAGGCAAAAUGUACGGAGGAAACAGCAUUUAUUUGCAGGGCAUUCCAAUAUCACAGUAAAGAGCCACGAUGUGUGCUCCUGGCUGAAAACAGGAAGUCUUCCCCAGUCAUGAGGAUGAGAGAUGUUAUUUUAUUUGAAAAGAGAAUUUAUCUUUCAGAGUGCAAGACUGGGACUGGAAGGAGCUACAGGGGCACGACGUCCAAAACGAAAAACGGGGUUUCUUGUCAAAAAUGGAGUGACACCUCUCCGCACAUACCUAAAUAUUCCCCUGAUAAGAAUCCUUCAGAGGGGCUGGAAGAGAACUACUGCCGGAAUCCGGACAAUGAUGAGAAGGGGCCCUGGUGUUACACCACAGAUCCAGGGACCAGAUUCGACUACUGCGACAUUCCGGAAUGUGAAGAUGAAUGUAUGCAUUGCAGCGGAGAAAAUUAUGAGGGCAAAAUUUCCAAGACCAUAUCUGGACUUGAAUGCCAGCCCUGGGCCUCUCAGAGCCCACAUGCUCAUGGAUACAUUCCUUCCAAAUUUCCGAACAAGAACCUGAGGAUGAAUUACUGUCGUAACCCUGAUGGGGAGCCCCGCCCGUGGUGUUUCACCAUGGAUCCCGACAAACGCUGGGAAUUCUGUGACAUCCCGCGCUGUUCAACACCCCCACCAUCUUCUGGUCCAACAUAUCAGUGUUUGAAAGGAAGAGGUGAAAACUAUCGAGGGAGAGUGUCUGUCACCCAAUCUGGGCUUACCUGUCAGCGCUGGAGUGAGCAGACCCCUCACAAACACAACAGGACCCCGGACAACUUUCCUUGCAAAAAUUUGGAUGAAAACUACUGUCGUAACCCUGAUGGAGAAACGGCUCCGUGGUGCUAUACAACCAGCAGUGAAACGAGGUGGGAAUACUGCAAUAUACCGUCCUGUACGUCCUCAUCAGUACCCACAGAAAUUACGGAUGCUUCAGAACCACCUGAACAAACUCCUGUGGUCCAAGACUGCUACCAGGACAAGGGAGAGAGUUAUCGAGGCACAUCCUCCAUCACUGUCACAGGAAAGAAAUGUCAAUCUUGGUCAUCCAUGACACCACACUGGCAUCAGAAGACUCCAGAAAAGUACCCAAAUGCCGACCUGACAAUGAACUACUGUAGGAAUCCAGAUGGUGAUAAAGGCCCUUGGUGCUACACCACUGACCCGAGCGUCAGAUGGGAGUUCUGUAACCUGAGAAGAUGCUCAGAAACACAACAGAGUUUCUCCAACAGCUCUCCAACUGACACCCAAGUUCCAAGUGUCCAGGAGCCUUCUGAACCAGACUGUAUGCUUGGGAUUGGUAAAGGAUACCAGGGCAAGAAAGCAACUACUGUUACUGGCACUCGAUGCCAGGCGUGGGCUGCCCAGGAGCCCCACAGACACAGCAUUUUCACUCCAGAAGCAAAUCCAUGGGCAAAUCUAGAAAAAAAUUACUGCCGUAAUCCUGAUGGUGAUGUCAAUGGUCCCUGGUGCUACACAAUGAAUCCACAGAAACUUUUUGACUACUGUGAUGUCCCUCAGUGCGAGUCCUCUCCAUUUGAUUGUGGAAAGCCCAAGGUGGAACCGAAGAAAUGUUCUGGAAGGAUUGUAGGUGGGUGUGUGGCCAUCGCACAUUCCUGGCCCUGGCAAAUCAGUCUUAGAACAAGAUUUGGAAGGCACUUCUGUGGAGGUACUCUUAUAUCCCCGGAGUGGGUGCUGACUGCUGCCCAUUGCUUGGAGAGGUCCUCCAGGCCUUCAACGUACAAGGUCGUCCUGGGUACACACCAUGAAUUACGUCUUGCAGCGGGCGCUCAGCAAAUAGAUGUGUCCAAGCUGUUCUUGGAGCCCUCACGAGCAGAUAUUGCCUUGCUGAAGCUAAGCAGCCCUGCCAUCAUCACCCAAAAUGUAAUCCCAGCUUGUCUGCCACCCGCAGAUUAUGUGGUCGCUAACUGGGCAGAAUGUUUCGUCACCGGCUGGGGAGAAACCCAAGACUCCUCUAAUGCUGGCGUCCUCAAGGAGGCACAGCUGCCUGUGAUUGAGAAUAAAGUGUGCAACCGCUAUGAGUAUCUGAAUGGACGAGUCAAAUCGACUGAACUCUGUGCUGGACAUCUGGUUGGAGGUGUUGACAGUUGCCAGGGCGACAGUGGAGGGCCUCUGGUCUGCUUUGAGAAGGACAAAUACAUUUUACAAGGAGUCACUUCUUGGGGUCUCGGCUGUGCACGACCCAAUAAGCCUGGUGUCUAUGUUCGUGUUUCAAGUUUUAUUAAUUGGAUUGAAAGAAUAAUGCAAAGUAAUUAAUUGGAUGGGAGACAGAGUGAGGCAUCAACAUAUCUAGAAGCUGGCACAUGGGUAGGGAAUUUAGCAUGCUCAGAAAUAAUUGACAGUAAUCAAACUGAGACACUGUACUUAGCUACCAUGUACUGCCAACCCUCAACGUUUUUUAGUAUUACUGUGGAUAAAUUUUUCCUGUCCAUGGACCGCUGGAUUCUGUAAUAAUAAGGCAUCACAGCUAUGACGUUUGUUGAAAAUAAACUCUGUACUUACUUUGAUUGAA